CAGCCAUCGACCGAGUGCAGUGCGUAGGCGGUUGUCGUAGACGUAACCCACCACGUGCUACGGGGUCUGUCUGCACGCGCACGGUUUUUAGUGCACCGAUUUUUUUGUAUCUCGCACAACACCAUCACAACAGCCAGCCGCUCCCGUGUCGUCAUCGCCCAGUGUUUUGUUGCGCGCAGCGUGUAUCUUUAAAGUGUUUUAGCAAACAGGGGGCAACAACAAGGGAGUUCUGUCUCAGAAAACAAAAAGCCCGCAAACGGUGAACAACUCCUCUUUUUUUUUUCUUGCUACAGAAACACACACACAAAUACACCCCUCAAACAAAAGGCAACAACGUUUAGUUCAGCAAUUGAGUGCAGUAAAUAAUAAAAAAAAUCCCAGGUGCCCCACUAGUCGGUUGUGAAAGCGUGACCAAUACCCCAACGUAAUCUCUCCCACCCCUUCUAUCCACCGUAUCAUCCCUUUCCUUUUCUUUUCUUUUGGUGCGUGUUUGCCUUGAGGGCGAAAGUGUCGAAGGUUUUUUUUUCUUUUUUUGUACGUGUGCCCAUCGUGAGUGAGUGAAUUGCCGUGAUACAAAAACACACACACACACGAGCAUCAGUGUUGCAAAAGGUGGGAAAAUCGCACAAUUUACGCUUGCGGUGCGCUAAAGUGUCUUCCGCCGAGUGCGUGUUUGUGUGGUGUGUGGCUAGGGUAGGGUGUGAGGCAAUGCCACGCAAGGUGCGGCAUAGUUUCGACGGUAAAACCACAACAACUAGUCUCCGAAGCAGCAGCAGCAGCAACAACGACAAUAACAACAGCACAACUUUUGCAAGGACACCGGCGAAGCGAUACGGUGAAGCAUAAUGAGCUUUCGCUGGAAGUGAGUCGAGUUGUGUUUUUUUUUUAUUCACUACGCACUAAAGUUCAGUCGCCCGAUUGCUACGGCAACAUUGAAAGCAGUGGGUUGGCUUCGUUUGCUGUUAUAAGGACAGAGAGCGGAAGCAGCAGCAGCAGCAGCAAAGGAAGGAAAAGGCGAGCACUCCUUCCGCUCUGGGUUGAAAGCAAAAUUACACUUUUCACUUGGAGACCGUACCCGGGCAAGCAAAAAAGGAAGCCCUACUACCAGCAACGCGAACUGGCCGAGGCAGGGUCUGUGAUUGCCAUUAUCAACAGUAACAAACGACGACAGCUACGACGGCGCGAUGGCGUCGUCGUUCGCUAAUUGCUCCUACGCGCCCGAUCCGAGCGCGGGCGACGCGAAUCCAUUCAACUACGGCGAGCGCAGCCUGCUGGACGAUCGUGACAAGCGUGGAGUAACGCGUGCAUCAAGCCUAGCCCUACCAAACCACUCACUGCUAGAUUUGCUCGAGCAGAAGCAGAAGCUGUACGACACGAUCCACCUGACGCCACCGCCGAAAGGCAAUGGCACCCGGCGCCAUUCGUCCGACUCGUUCCCGAUGAUCGAGAACGAAAGCUUUCAAAUCCCGCAGCGGCAGAGCAAAAAAUCGUCCCAAGGUAUAGGGCCGGGGCCGCUGGUGCCACCGCCCGUGCCGAAGCGCACCUUCCAGGGCAACUUCCCGCGCAAACCGCCCGACUCGUUCGAGGUACAGAAGCGGGCGUCCCUGCUCGCACUCGACAGCUACCAGCAGCAGCAGCAACAGCUGCAGGCGCAGCAGCAACAGGUGCAGCAGCUACACCAGCAACUGCAGCAGCAGCUCCAGCAGCAACAUCAGCAAGCGCAACCAUCGUACGCCCCGUUUGGCCGCUCCGAGCGGAUCUGCAAGUCCGCCUUCGAGGAUCAAACCUUCAGCUACUAUCCGGCGCCGAAAAGUGCGAAAAGCGCUGGAAUCUCCGCUGGAGGUUCUGCUAGCGGUGGUGGUGGUGGUGGUGGUGUAGGUAGUAGCGGCACCUGCCACAGUGUCAGCGCGACCAGCUUCGACGAUCUCGGCGAGCCGGAUGACUUUGUGCUGUUCAGCAAGAAGAUGGCCUCGAUCGAGUCGAACCGUUCGUCGAGCGACUCGAACAAAUCGCAAACCACCAUCGACACCGGGUACGUGUCGGCGAACGAAACCGACCGCUCCGUGCUGACCGGUGGCAGCUGCUCGUCCGCCAAGGGCGGCGGUGCGACCUCCUUUCGCAGCCGGUUCUCCUCCGAGGACACCCAGUCGUCGCUGGACAGCUUCCUCUCCUCCGAGCUGCACCGGACCGACACGAUCGAGUCGCUGCCGCUGAACGAUUCGCCCUUCAGCCUGAAGAAGAACGUGUUCAACUUCGAUCUGAAAACGUCCCCGCUGAUCCGGGGCAGCAGCACCGUCUCGCCGAACUCGAUCGACGAAAAGCUGGACAGCUGUUCGCCGCGCAGCAUUGAGAGCAAGGGCUCCCGCAAGCUGCCGACCGUGCCGACGCGCAAAGGGCCGGCCAGUGGGGUCGUGAUGCAACCGAAGCUUCCACCGCCGGGUUCCGCCAGCGCGGGAGCGAACAGUCGCAUGACGCCGCCGCUGCCACCGUCCCGCUCGCAGCAAGCGUUCGAAACGCGCAAACUGCAGAAGCUGCAGCAAGCGCAGCAGCAGCAGCAGCAACAAACGCAGCUCAACAACGUGGCGUCGGCGCACAAGACGGCACUGGAAAGCUUGCAGGAGCUGUACAGCAGACCGCUCGGCAUCAGGCGCAACAUACAUCGGCCACCGCCGCUCAGCCAGCAGCAGAUGAUCAACGCAGCGGCGAAAGCGUCCCUGCUGGGCGGCCAGCGCCAAGACUCGAGCAUCUCAGUAAGUGACAGCUUCUCCAUUACCUCAAGCCCGGGCUUUCAGAGCAAAGCGAUGGAGAGCUCACUGCUGCAGCAACACACAUCCACCACCAACAGCAGCAAGUUCAACCGCUCGACCAUUCGCGGCAAGCCACCGAUGGACACGGCAACCGCAGUCGUCAUCGGUGGCACGAACGUUGCGCCGAACAACCUGACGGCGCUAAUGAAUUCAGCCGGAACAACGCCGGGAGCGCCGGUCACGGCAGGCUCAACUUCCAUGUCGUCCGGUACUGGCAGUAAUAUUCCCGGUGAAGGUUUGGCGGGAAUCGGUGUGUCCACUGGUACGAUUCGAUCCGUUCCGCCGCGAGUUAGCAUGCGGCAAGAUUCCAGUAUAUCCAGCGACAGCUUUAGUCAAACGUCCAGCCCUAGCUACAACUCGAAGAUCAUGGAGGCGCCGCUCCUAUCGCACGCCGCCAAGAUGCCCAAGGUAUCGAAACCGAUCGCGAAGAACCUGGACGAAAUCACGAAGGAAUCGCCAACGGACGUGAACGGAACGGCCGCCAUCAUUAAGAGUGCAUCGACACCGGCCAGCCUACAGACGAUCGUGCGGCUUUCCAACGGCUCAAACGUUAGUCUACAGCACAAGAAGUUCCAAAUUUUAAAAGCACGCAAAAACUCCAACCCGUACGUGACGAGCGGCCGGUUAAAGUUCCGCCUCUGCCAGAUAUUGCUGAACGCCGUCGGGCUGCUUGCCAUUGCCGGUGGACUCGCGGCCUACUUCAACGCCUACCCGACGAUCAAGUUCGUGAAUCAAACCAUUACCCGUACGGCCGUUCCAGCGUCCCAACCCGGCAGUUCCCCAGUGGGCGGUGGUGGUGCUGUUUCCUCAGUCCCGGCGUCCGGUUCGGGUCAAUCCGCGGCUGGAUCACCGGGCCGGACGGCACUGGAUGUGGCCGGUGGUUUCCGUGGCGAUCGUAACCCAGCGCCCGGCGUUUGUCUGCCGGUGAUCGUAAAGUUCUGCCAGCAACAUCGCGUGCCCUACAACUAUACCGUCUUUCCGAACUACAUUGGACAUUUUGGCCAGCCCGAGGCACAGAUCGAAAUUGAUCUCUUCGAAGCGCUGGUCGAUGUGCAGUGUUACGAGCUUGUUCCACUGUUCUUAUGCUCUCUGUUUGUGCCUAAAUGCGGUAAUUCCGGUGCAACCGUACCGCCAUGUAAAAGUUUGUGUACUGAAACAAUGCGUCGAUGCAGCUUCUUCUUCGACGUGUUCGGACUGGAGCUGCCGGAGUAUCUGCGUUGCUCGAUCUUCAACGAUGCCGUGUCGGACCAGGAGGAGUGCGUCGGGAUGGCCGAGUACAAGGAGUCGAUCAUUCGGUCCCGCCGACCGAUGGCCUGCUCUGGCUUUCUGUGUGACAAGCGGCGCUGCAUACCGAACGACUGGAAGUGUGACGGGCACGUCGACUGUCAGGAUCAAACGGAUGAGGCGCACUGUGACUUUUGCGGUGACGAUGCGAUCCACUGCGGCGAGGGGCAGUGCAUGAGCCAGAAGCACGUGUGCGACGGUACGCCCAACUGUCCGUACGGGCAGGACGAGCGAAACUGCAUUCGGCUCAGCGAGCGGAAUGGUGAUCUUGGCCGGGGUACGCUGGAGGUGUACAAAGCGGACCUCAAACAGUGGGCACCGGCGUGCGUGAAAAACUGGGAUCCGGCCACCUCACCCACCAUGAUCUGCUCCCUACUGGGCUACAGUUCGGUCAACUCGAGCCGCACGGCAAUGCGCGGCUCGAACCGGACGCUCGUCAGCACCAAGGACGCCUCGUCCAUGUGGCGCAUGUACCAGAAGAAGGACGUCAACCUGAUCAAGGAGUUCAACAGUUGCGACAUCAACUCGCGCUACCCGGUCGCAGAGCUGACGUGCUCGAACUUUGAGUGUGGUAAGGUGAGGAACAGGAAGUACUUCAAGGCAACGAAACGUAUCGUCGGUGGAUCGACCUCUAACCCGGGCGACUGGCCGUUCAUAGCGGCCAUUCUCGGCGGACCAGAGGAGGUGUUCUACUGUGCCGGCGUGCUAAUCGCCGACCAGUGGGUCCUAACCGCUUCACACUGCAUCGGCAAUUCUCCCACCAGUCACACGAUGCGCAACGUCAACGACUGGACGAUACAGCUCGGCAUUACGCGGCGCCGCUCGCACACGUACUACGGGCAAAAGGUGAAGGUAAAGACGGUCAUACCGCACCCGAUGUACAACCUGCACAUCCCGCACGACAACGACAUUGCCCUGUUCCAGCUGGCCACCCGGGUAGCGUUUCACGAGCAUCUGCUUCCGGUUUGUUUGCCGCCACCGCACAUCCGGGAGCUGCCGACCGGCAUCAACUGUACCGUGGUUGGAUGGGGCAAGCGUGAGGAGCGUAACUCCACACCGAACGGCGCAUCGUACGAACCGACGCUGAACGAGGUAAACGUACCGAUCGUGAGCCGCGAACUGUGCAUCGACUGGCUGGAAACGUUCAACGUGACGGAGGGCAUGAUCUGUGCCGGCUACCAGGAAGGUGGCCGAGAUGCGUGUCAGGGCGAUUCCGGUGGUCCGCUGCUGUGUCCGUACCCGAACGAAAAGGACCGCUGGUUCGUGGGCGGUAUCGUGUCCUGGGGCGUGCGCUGUGCCCAUCCCAAGCUGCCCGGCGUCUACGCAAACGUGCCCAAGUUUAUACCGUGGAUUUUGGCGCAAAUCAACAACCACUCCGUGCUGCAGACUGACACGAUCGGGCGAUAAUUUCGGGCCACCGUGAAAGUGUGGUAGAAGAGGCCAACAGAGAUGGUAGACUUGAAAGACGUAUAAGACCGUUUAUCUGCGGCACUUACGCUCACAGCAUUUGUGUGGAGUUAUUUAAACAGCAUGCUUAUGCAAAUGGACCGAAUAUUUGUCCUCAACCCUAUAUUAAAGCAAAGCAGUCGCUCUCAAACAAUCCCUCAAACACUGAAUGAGAAGGGCGAAAAAGCGAAAUUCCCUCCCACCUGUCCACCGAUGGGAACGCUGUGCGCAGAGCAGGACGACAUCUGCCGGAAGCAAUGAAUCAUUCAUCGGCCUACGCGUUUUCAUUGAUCCCUCGCCUCGCACAGACAGCAACCGGUCAGCCAAGGGACGGAUGUUUACCGUCAACCGUAUCUGUCAAUCAGUGUGUCAGGUGAAAACUGGCCGAGUUCAAACGGCGCCCACAUACCUAACCCGGCUGUUCAAAUAUCUCUACAAAAGUGUGAGUGUUCCGUUUAGGCACACAAAACAGGAAGAAUGAUUCAAACACAAUAGUUUACUAGGCACAACCACAACUAGGAGUCAAUUGAAGGUGAUAUGCAAUGCUACAAAGCAAAAACAAACGAACAGGAGAUAAAACCCGUUGACAAUAAUGGCUAAUGAGACAAUAACCAAUAUGUUCGUAAGUAUAAUUUGCACACGUUAAACCAUUGCACCACCAAUCGGGAAGGGUUCGAGAAGGGAAGAAGCUGCAAUACAGCAUCCAAUUCCGAUAGGCCGAAUUGUGUGCCCCAGGGCACAGGGCACAGUAAUCACGACAAUAAGCAACGCUAAGCAGUAUUGCGCAGUAUCGGUGAUAGUAAGGAACUGUGGAUUCUUUUUUUCUGAUAGGAAAGCAAGCAAAUCAGUUAAGAAGGCAGGGCAAACGAAGACAAUAAGAAGCAUCUGAGUCAAACUCGGAAUAAUAUUAGUCGCCAAAAACGAGAAAUAGAAGUUGUUUGUUUUAGCAAGAGAGGGAUGAUAUCGUUGCAGUAUUGGUGCAACCAGUGGUCGUCAGUAUUUGGUAUAUUUGGGAAGUUCAGUAAUGUCAAUGUUCGGUAUUAACUUGCUCAGCGUCGCGGUUACGAGGAUUUUGGGUGAGAUCAAAGACAUUACAGGGGUUUCCAGUAGUUCUCAUAGCUGUGGUCACUUUUUGACUCUUUCAUGCGAGACAUGAACUUAAUGUAAAGGGAACUGGACUUUACAGCACCCUUGUUGGAAAAAAUCCAAUAAGAAUUUCCAAGGAACCUGUCCAAAAAGGGUGCCGGUAAAGAAAGAGUCAGGGAAGUGGCCCACAACUAUGAGAACUCCAAGAAAACCUUGUAAAAUCGUUUGCAUUCUUUUCGAUGUUUGCUUUGAGCGGUACAAUACGCGAUAAUACCGUGGCAGCAGGGCAGGGAUAGUACUGCAAACUGCAAGCAAGCAAGUAAGGUUGCAAAAAUAAGCAAAAGCCCCAAAAGUAGCAGCGAUUGAAAGCAUUUUUAUUCUAUACAAUCUACCACUAUGGGCAUUUCAAACAUACCUUACAUAUAUUAUAUUGGUAGAUAUACAACAAAACCAACAUACAGAAUGGUAAAUUAUAACGAACCAGAACAAUAUUAUUAUCAUGAUUAAUAUUAUUUUUUUAUUACAACGACUCCGUAUCACUCACUCAGCACAGCAUCAAUUAGCAUAUUUAUCGACUGUUGUUGCUAUUUGGAAGAGAUUUAAGAGACAUGGAUAGGGUUGGGCAGUGCUACAAAAACAUUGUUGGAAUAUUGUUGCGUUUGGAGUGGAAUGUAAAACGGAAAACAAGGUAUGGGUAAAAGGUAACCGAUCUAACCAGAGGGCAAUCGCUUGUUAGGUGUUCUUCAUUCAGGUGUUUAACAGAGAUUCGAUUAUUUAUCAAACCACAGAGGCGCAAAGAGUGUUUGUUAUCUACCGCCAAACCGCUGUCUACCCGAUACCACGGCACGUGUAUUUUAAUGGAAUGUUGGAGUGUGUGGUUGGAGUUGAGUUUAAUGCUAGCGAUGGUUCGCCGUUUUACUAAUAGAAAAUGUUGUGCAGGUGAGGUGAGUUGCAGUAGGGAAUGUUUUUGAAAGAAUACACUUUUACCCACCCAAAAAAACAGUGGAAUCAAAGAACGCAUGACAAUAAGAAAGAGAUCACAGAGACAAACACACGGCUAGCACAUUUUGUGCACCCAUAUCGAGAUGAACGUGUUGUAUUCACUGUGAAUUUUAAAAAAGAACAAAGCACACAAAAAGGAAUCCAAAAAUGAAAUGCCAUUAAACGUUGUCUUACAAAACAGUUUUGCGUUUCAAUACAGUAAAAUCGUCUAUUUACAAAUCGCGCUUGCACUGUGUGCUGCUAAUUGUUACAGACAAUAAAUAGGAGUUUGUGUUUAUUUUUUGCUUCUUUUUCUGUUUCCCCAUUUUACGUAGGAUGUAGAAUGAAUUUAAAAGGUGUACAAAUUUGAUACGUGCUAUUGCCACAUCACAAUUUAAAAAGGUAGCAUGUUGGUAGCGAGGUGCGUACUUUGUACGGCAGGAAUAUUAAAACAUAACAGUUCUAUUUAUGUGUGUGUAUGUUUUUUGUAGACAACAAUAUAACAAAAAAGCCUACACACAUACACACGUGCGUUUCAAACGACGUGCCAACACAGCGAGACAAUAAGCACAUUGCACAGUGGGUAAUCGAGGUUAUGGAGAGGUUAGGUAAAUCAGUGUGGAUACAUAUUUUUUACAACUAACAACACACACACACACAUCCACAUAUCCACACAGACCGCAGGGACAAUAAACUCGAGUGACGAGUGGAAAACAGAAAGUAUUUAUGGAUAAAAUGCAUUUAUAAUCCUAUCCCCUACUAGCCCUUUAACAAAACUAGUAACGCUAAGAGAGAGAGAGAGAGAAAGAGAGAGAGAGAGAGAGAGAAAACCAGAAACACAGAAACUACGAAGUUCAAGGAAGUUUGUGAAGAAGGCACGUUUAAUAAUGAACGUUAUUACAAUAGGAAUAUUGUCGCCUAGUGAUGAAGACUCGUUUUUUUACUCGAUAUAUACUCUCCCAACAAAACAAACACUGUUGUUCAAAUCAGAGCUACUACUGGACAGCAAUGUCCCGGCCGCAUAAUUGUGAAUGAGGCGCACGUGGUGUAAUAGUUGUGCUUUCCUUGGAAAAGAAGCUUUUGUGGUAGGCCUGUGUAGCGGUAGUUGAUAGACGUCAGUGUAAUCUUCCACGGGUUGGUGGUAGGUUUGGUUCCCACACUAAUCAUCCCGUGUACGCUCAUGAAUUCAUGUAAAAACUGUGUGGUGCGUGUGUGCGCGUGUGUGAGUGUGUGUAUGUGUGUGUGUGUGUGUGUGGGGGGGGGGCAAGGUGCGUAGAAUUAUGUACAAAUUUGAAUUAACCAUAUCCCUUAAGCUUUAGUGAAGGCUACACUUCAAACCAAGGCAGCAUAGUAGAUCGUGAAAGCACAGAAUGCCUAUUUCGAGAAAAAGAUGAUGCAAAGGGAGAAAACAUUUAUAUCGAGUGAUGUACAAUACACAAAAACCGACACACAAGUAGCCGUUAAACAACAACAACAAAAAACACACCGAAUGAUAGAACUUUACCGUAAACUGUAACGUAAUGGGCAUAAGUCAACCAAAACGACACCCGCAGGAGAAAUAAACACAGAAAGCUACAAUUAAAUGUGCUGUACAAGGUAAAACAUCGCACCCAACGGCGUAAGGGGUGGCUAGUCAUAAAAGCCGAACGGUGAAAUGAAUUUGUGAGCAACACUGGCAAAGGGCGGAGGAGUGUAUGUGAAUGUGCUUCAAAGGCAUCCUCUUUAAUAUCCACAGUCACAUCAACUAGAAUUAAAUCGACUCAAACAACAAACGAGCGACUUUGUAGCAGUGUUUAGGCAUAAAACAAUACUAAUGAAAACAGUUUAAAAAACGAAUGAACAAAACAAAAAGAAACACACAAACAAUAAACUAUUUGUAGUUGAAUAUACGAAUGAAAGGAAGGAAAGGGAGAAAAAGAAACCGCAAAAGUGAAAGAGUGAGUGAAAGAGUAAUGAUAAAGCAUUGCAUUAUUUGAAACUAUACCUAUAUAUAUCAAAUAUCAUAUACAAUUCCUGGUAUAUAGGAAUAGAGCAACCUAUCUUAUGCAAACUACAUGGGAUGUACUAAGCUGCGCAUUAGUGGAUAACGGAGAGUAGUGAAUAGUGUGUUGGUUUUUUGUUUUGUUUUAUAAGAAUAAUACAUAUGUGGUUCAAUUUGUAGCAGUAGCAAUUUAUCCACUUUACCACCUCCAAACCCGCGAACUGGUCGAUGUGAUGUGUUUAUUAAAACCAACACAAACACACACUUUUUACCACGUCAUUUAACUGGACAGAAAUGUUUGGUUUUGUUGAAUGAGUACAGGAGUGCAGCAAGAGAUAUUAAUGUACAAAUUUCAACUGCUUUCUACUUCGGUGGCCACUUAGGAAACAAUUACUAAUUUAAAAAAAAAAACAAAUUGUUUUAUUUAAAUUCAACACGGUUUAAGACACAUUUAAGUAAUAGGCAACAACCGUUCUUAAUACAGCUUUGUGUGCAUCUAAGUGGUAUCAAACUAUGAUGUUAGGGUAAAUAUUUGGACCGAUCAUAAACCGAAACGCAUUACACUCACACAAGAUAGUACACCAUACAAAUAACAACGAUAGAAAAUUAAGAAGGAUUUAUGUUUUUUUUAUCAAAUUUUCUAUUUUUUUAAACAAAACAACAACAAACCCUGCUACAAAUACAACGCUAAUGUGUUCUUCGUGCUUCGUUAGUGCUGCAUGCCUGUUUGGUAGAGGGGGGUUUUUCUGUUGUAAUCGUACUUGUUGGUGCAUAGUACCAUACCUAGAGGGCGCCACACACGAGUGUGCAUUUAUUGCUUAAACGACUGUUUCAAGAAAAGUACUGUAGCGCAGGAGGAUGGAGAGGAUGAAUUUAAUCAAUUUAAAAGAAAAUAGAUAUAGCCCAACACAGCCAACCACUGAGCGAAUACACACACACACACACACACACACUAUGGAAUGAGAGGGCGGAGAAACAUUAGAAGAAAACAAACAAAACAUAUAUGCGUGGGUUUCAGCUUUAAUAAAAACAACUAUGUCAUAGAGCAGUUUGUCAGCGAACAAAAGCCACAGCACCAGCACCCGGUAAACCCGGGCUGGCUGAGCGUGAAGAAAGUGUACAUCGCCUGCCUGCAGACAGCACCAUUACAAUGCACCUACAGCAACAUACAAUAGUAACGUCACAAUGCGUGGAGGAAUUUAACUCUCCAACCAACAGUAACCAAUAGUAGAAGUAAGAGAUUUUACACUUAAGUUACUUUACCUCCCUGUAGGAGUUGCUUAUUUACAAGCUUAACAGGAAUGUUUUUGUUGUAACAUUCUAGUACAUAUCAAGCUAAACCGCAACUGUUUAUUUCUAGGAUAAGCAUUCUAAAACUUUUUGUUGUUUUUUGUUUUUGAAUGCCAAAAAAGUUUGUUUUUUUUUCAACUCCAACAAGCAAACGAAUUCACACAAAAAUCCCAAACGAGCAUUGUGCAUAGAGGGAGAACAAUUUUUGCUAACACGUAUAGAAAUAUUAAAGUAAAAGAUUAUUUAUAUACGUAUAUGUAUAGUAGGAACUAUCACUACCACUUCCAUGUUCUAGCAACAACUAGUAAAACAAACAACCUGUAAACACGCAAACACCCCCCGACACACAUACACACACACACCCUAACUAUUAUUCCUGCGAAUCAAAUAGAGAGAAAAGAAAAUGAUAGAUUUUAUGUAUUUCUUCAUAUACAGAGAGACAAGCAUAUCUUUUUAAUAAACAAACAAAAAAAAGGCAAGAUUGUAAAAUUUAAACAAUUGAACCUAUACAUAUAUAAAUAUACUGCAGGGCUUCGCUCGGGCGUAGAAGCAGAAACCCUUUCCUAGACGUUUCAUAGUGUAGCAGGAGCAGCAGAAGGAACGGCAGAAAGAGCAGCAGUAGCAGGUGGUUUUGUCCUCAUAUAACCGUGGCGCAUACAGCACAUUUAUACACACAUACAUAUAGCACUGUCCUAUAUUGGCCACAGUAUUAGAUGACGCACUGGAGACAAAAUGUCGCAUAAAUAUAAAGUAAAAGAAUUCACCUAUAGAGGCAUAUUAUAUCUGUCAUACAGAGCCAUAGGAGAAGAAGCUAUUUCAGAGCAGGGUAAUCAGUUGUGGUGAACGCAGUCGUUACAGAGCAAACAGGCCCAAACUCUUUGUGUUGUGUUUUGAGCGAGCAAGGUUUCGGUUUACAUUUUUAGCGAUGUCCGGCAUCGGAACCUGAAAAACCUUUUACGUCUAGGAGGGUGUAUAUGUGUAACUGUUAAAUAAGGCCUAGGUUUGUAACAGACAAGUGCAAACAAUUUCCCGUGUAUGGCUUAUCUGCACAAAGGCACACAUACAGAACGCUAAAACAAAGUCAGUAGUAAGUUAAUUAUUUGUUCAUAAUAAAACACGCCGUCAAAAACGCACACAAAAAUUUUAUGUUAAGCCAGCAUACACCCAUUUGAACCAUGUAAUGAAUUCGCAACCAUGUUCGCCUCACAGUGAAACGAUCACACCCGGUGAACAGCUAAACAUAUGUGCUCAGUGUACACAUUGUUGUGCUUUUUUUUUCUAACAGAACAAAUAGUAACAGCGGCCAUGUCAUCACUAAACCAACACAGCUAGCACUAUGUACUAGGCGCCUCCAUACGCACGGAAACGACUGUAUUGCAGUUUAAAAUUUUAACAGUUUUCUAGUACUCGCUUGCCUAGUAGAAACUAACCGUACAGUCGCCACGAAUAGCAAAAACAAUAACCGCAAUACAAUACUGUAUGUGUGAGCCGCAUCUUUUUCGUAUUACGUUGCAGUAUAAAUGCGCGAUUAAGUAAUUGUCCGCAUCAGAGUGCGUCGAUGCGCAAGGUACAGUAGCGUACGAAUUUGUAGCGAAAACGAACUUUUCGUAUUAAAAAGGGGACAUAAGCAAGGUCAGCUAAGCAUCCUUGUGUCUUGUAAAGAUUGCUGUAGCUGUGAGAGCUGCGCGUGUGUUUGUACCUCUAUUGCAGGGUUUGCCAGACAGUUUUCAAUGUGAACAGCAUUAUUCACUGUUUGUGAGAUGUUUUUCAACAACUGUCACAUAUUUAAUUUGCGACACAAAUAAUCAGCUCAUGCUUAACAGGCCAAACAAAACGCCUAGCAAAAAGAAUCCAAA